AUGGCGCCGUUUUCUCCCAGACCCUCAAAUCUUUCUAUCAUCACCACUCUCCUUAAAGAGUGCAUCGAUACUGGUUCACUUUGGAAGGGGACGAUUCUCCAUUCCCACCUCCUAAAAUCCGGAUUCCUCUCCCAGGUCUUCAUCUCGAACCGUUUACUCCAAAUCUACUACAAGUGCGAUGUAGUUUCUGAUGCUCGAAAGCUCUUUGAUGAAAUGCCUGAAAGAGAUUCCAUCACUUGGAACAUCAUGAUUGCUAGCUCCGUAAAAUCAAAAUGUAUGGAAGAUGCUAGGCUGCUCUUCAAUGCGAUUCCUCAGAAGACUGAGAUCUCAUGGAACACCAUCAUCAUGGGAUAUGUUCAAGAGGGGAAUUGCUCAGAAGUUCUCGAUUUGUUUGUCCAGAUGCUUCGGCAGGGAUGGUCGCCCACCCAUUUUUCUGUGCCUAGCGUUCUUCAGGCGUGCGCUGCUUCGUCGUGGUUGAGUCGUGGGAAGCAGUUGCAUUGUCUGAUUUAUCGAUUUGGAUUGGAAGGAAACGUUUUUGUGUGCACGUCUCUUGUUGACAUGUAUUGUAAGUGUGGGGAACUCGAGUAUGCUCGUCGUUGCUUUGAUAGGAUGGCAGAUCGGAACAUAAUUUCGUGGAAUGCAAUUCUUACUGGGUACUCUCAGAAUUCCCUGAGCGAGGAUUGUUUUCAGACAUUCAUCGAAUUGCUGAAUUCUGGGCUCAGACCUGAUCACAUCACUUUUGCUGUGGUUCUUAGCUCAACUGCUGCAGUCGCUAAUUUGGUGCAGAGGAAACAAUUACAUGGAAUUAUUGUCAAGACCAGAUUCGGGUUGGAUGUAUUUGUUCAGACAGCUUUAAUAAAUGCGUAUGCCAAGUCUGGAAGUGUAGAUGAUGCUCGUCUGGUUUUUAAUUCAAUGACAGAAAGGAACAGGGUUACUUGGAGUUCAAUGAUCAUUGGUUAUGCACAGAAUGGACGUGGUAGGGAAGCUAUUCUUCUAUUUGAGGACAUGCUGAAUUUUGGAAUCAAACCAGAUUCAAUUACUUUUGUGGGUGUUCUCAUGGCUUGCAGCCACUCAGGGCUGGUUGAUGAGGGGCGACACUAUUUCAAUUCCAUGAAAGGUCACGGGGUUGAGCCAGAUAGAACCCAUUACACAUCAAUGGUUGAUCUUCUUGGACGUGCAGGAUAUUUGAAGGAGGCUAAAGAAUUGGUCAAUAGUAUGCAAGUAAAACCGGAUGCUGCAAUUUGGAAUGCCUUACUUGGGGCUUGUAGGGUCCAUCGGAAUUUGGAAUUAGGGAAAAUUGCAGCUUCGAGGGUUUUUGAGUUAGAACCUAAUAAUGCUUCAGCUCAUAUGCUGCUAUGUCACAUCUUCACUGAGAGCGGUCAGUGGGAUGAAGUGGCAAAACUGAGAGUGAAGAUGAAGAGUCUAGGGAUUAAGAAAGAUCCUGGUUGUAGUUGGAUUGAACUAGAUAAUGAAAUUCAUACUUUUGUAGCCGAUGAUGAAUCCCAUCCACAGACAAAGGAACUUUAUCUUGCAUUAAGGGAAUUGAAUAAACAAAUAGAGGACAUGGGCUAUAAAUACUAUCCAAAUCCUCUCUUUGAAGAGGGAAGACAGUCAUAUCACAGUGAGAAGCUGGCAAUUGCCUUUGGACUUAUCAGCACACCUUCUUGGAUGGCAAUCAGGAUCAUGAAGAACCUAAGGAUUUGUGGGGAUUGUCACACCACCAUAAAAUUUAUUUCACAAAUCACAGGACGUGAGAUUAUUGUCAGAGAUGUUUGUCGUUUUCAUCAUUUUAGUGAUGGUAAGUGUUCUUGUGGUGACUAUUGGUAG